GUUAUAAGGAUUUGAUUACUCUGUUUGUUGUCUUUGUGUGAAAACACAUAAGGAAACUACAGCACAAUCUCUCUCUCUCUCUCUCUAUCUGAUUUGCACGCACGUUCAUCUCAUUCCUACCUUUUCUCUCACCUAUAAUAUACUUUCAUUCUUUUGGGGCUAAUUAAAAAGAAUCGUACAAAAUCAACGAUAGUGAGUGAGGGAGGUUGAAAAAACAAAUGGGGGGGUGUGCAACAAAACCAAAGGUUGCGAAGGAAGGUGAUGUCUAUGCGAAGACACCCGAACCCCAACAAUUCAACGAAGAUACUGUUGAAGCCGAAGUGGUUAAAAAACAAGAACAGAGUGGUCUUAAUCUUAAUGUUAACGAAAACGAAAUUGUUCACGAUGAUGACCAAGCAAACAAACGUCGUUCUCUCAGCUUGUUGUUUAAGGAGAAUGAAGAUGCAAAGGUUUCCACAGAAAAUGAAAAAACAGUAGUUGACGAAACUGUGAAACAAGAAACAUCAGAAGCAGAAAAACCUUUGGAAGAUGCUAAACAUAACGAGCCAACACUGAAACAUGAAUCUCCAAAGACAGAAGAGCAAAAACUCUCUCAAGAAACCAAAAACAACAUUGAGCCAGCUACUACAAAACAAGAAUCUGCAGUGAUUGUUAAUGCUGAAGACAAAUCUUCAUUGCAAAAUCAAAGCACUGAUUCAGCUGAAAAAACUGUGAAAACACAAACACCACCAGAAGCUAACAAACUUUCAGAAGAAACCAAAAUCAAUGAACCAGCUGAAGAAACAGUAGAGAAAAUUGAUCAAAAUACUAAUGCAGGCAAGGUGACUGUAAUAAUGCCAGAAACUAAAGUAGCUGAGAAAGCUUCAAGUGAAAUACUAGUGAAUGAACCAAUGAAACAAGAACAAUCAUCUGAGACUACUCAUAUUGAAGAUGUGGUAGUUCCUUUGCCUAAGGAGAAAGUAAUUGAUGUGGCUGUAACAAAUGCUGCAGAGUCUGUGGAGAACAAAGCAGAGGAAGCAAAAUCUAGCAUAGAAGAGAAAAGCCAUGUUGGGGUGGAGCAUACAUCCAAGCCUUCUGAUGCUGGCAGUAAGAUUCUUUGAAACCUUGAAAUCAAUAAUUGGAUUUGGAUUUGGUGCGGUGAGAAUCCUAUGCAGUCAGCACAGUGUUUUCUUUUAUCAAGAUUGGACCGUGUAGAAAAUACGAAGAUUUUGGUUGGUUAUUAAAAUUUAAGACACUAAGUUUGAAAUUUGGAUCAUACAAUCUUGACUUAAAUGCAAUGAUAUGCUGACUGUGUGAAUGCAUAGGAUUUCAACCGUAAGCAAUCUAAAUCUAUAUGUUGUGUGACAUUUUUUUCUUUCUAAUUUUUGUUUAUUUGAAGUUUGAUUUUUUUCUCUUGUCGAGUCAAUUUUUUUUUUGUUUCCUUUUAUUGCUUAUCAGUAUUGAUAGGUCAAAAUCACCCAUGUAAAUUGUAAUUUUGAUGUGGUUUGCAUGUGAGAAUUCUAAGGAACCCAAAACUACAAGUUUAAGAAUGUUUCUUGCAUUACAUAUGUUUUAUGCUGAAAACAAAACCAUUUGAUAAUGUAAAGUGAGAUUUGUUUAAGCAAUUGAUGAUUUAAUUAUACUUUA